CUUCCUCCAGGUCCCCACCUGCUCGCCAGCGCGGCGUUCGGCUCCCAGCCCCGCAGCGGCACCCGAAAUGCGUUUCCUUCCCCGCCUCGUCAUCUCAGCUGCCUUGGGCAUUGCCACCUUCCUGAGCUGGAGGCUGCUGCUCCGGAGCCCAGCCGCCGGCCACGAAGGUGACCUGGCCCCCGAGGCGGAGGAGGACCUCACUUUGACGCUGGACACCUUCCUUCACAUUCAGCAGCUCAGGAAGGAGAGACUGAGAGCUUUCUGCAGCCGAUCAGGCAAAGUCACCUCUCCGCCCAGCAGCUGGGAGGAGAGAGCCCGCCUGCUCUUGAGUUUGAGGGUAAGCACCAAGCUGGACCUCCUUUACUGCCAAGUGCCAUCGACAGGGAUGGAGGAAUGGCAGCAGCUUUUGGAGAAGCUAGAGGAGAAUGAAAAUGUGACGCUCCCGGUGCCGCUUCCCUACCCUCGGCAGCACGCUCCAGAGACACAGCUGAGUAAGUUCAACCUGACGGAGAUAGAGGCCAUGUUAGGGUCUUACACCAAAGUGCUGUUUGUCAGGGACCCUUUCCAGAGGCUGAUCUCCACAUUCAUGCAAGGCAUGGGCAGCAGCCCUUCCUUCAGCAGCUUUGUUCAGGACGUUUUAGACAGCGGGCAGCCCAACGCCCCCAUGGCUUGGAAUCCGCUCGUCAGCCUCUGCCAGCCCUGUCUCGUCCAGUAUGACUAUGUGGUGAUGUUUGGCUUCCUCAGGCAGGAGCUGGGUCAUCUGCUGCGGCGAGCCGGGCUGCCGGUGGACAGCCACCUCCCCAAGUUCACGGACACCCAAGUGCGGUGGACCUACAGCUGGUUAUCAGAACAGAUGUUCAGCGAGCUGUCCCUCCAACAGAAGAAGCAACUGUCUCAUUUCUACCGCUGGGACCUUGCCGCUUUCUCAUUUUCUGGCAGUUUGCUAUCAGACCUCCUCAGCACCCCAGAGACCUGGUAGAAAUAUCCUGGCUAAAGGGACUGUUUUGGAGAGCGUUAAUCCAAAUACAAGUACUUCGAGAUGCCAGCUCGGUCAUAGGCAGAUCCUUGCUCCACAGCUGCAUGCAGUGCACUUGUCCAUGUCACAGCUCCAAAAGACACGUCAGAGAGCCGAGACGGACCACUGCCAGGGACAUGGUAUCAAGGCUCUUCACGUAGUUGAAUUGCGUUUAAAUACGGCAAGAGCAGGCACUAUCAGUAGACCCGUGGCUUUGGGGCUUGGAAAACGGCAUGAACUGAACUGUGAUGGGGUAAGCAGCUCUCAGCAAACCUAGCGUUUUGGGGUAGGGUGGGCUGGACCUGCUACAAACCACAGCAGCAUCGGCACACGCUCUGCCUGCACUGCCAUUUCAUAUUCUGGGCUCCCUUUUGGGCCAAGAGGUUUGGCAACAACUUCUUCAUGACAAAUGUCCCCGCGCAGAACAAGCAGCACUCCCAAAGGAACAUGUCACCUGGAGUCUGUCUACUCUGCACAAGUAGGUGGGAUAUGGCACAGGGUGGCACACCCUUCUGGGGAACCACUGGUGAUAUUCCCAAUCCUUUCAUGCUCAGGGAAGGCCAGGAGGGGCCAGGCCCAUCAUUUGGUCUUACCUGUUCUGUGAGAACCAUUCCUGUUUUAUGACCUCACAUCUGCUGCGUGUUUAGGCUCACGAGGGCCCCGGGGACACGACAGGAUGCUUGCUGCGUUUGCAAGUUUUGAGUGAGGUUUCCCCCUCUACAGGGCUGACUCAAACGGGCCAAGCCUAGCUUUCAGCUCUACUCACUAGCAAUGAGACAGGGAUAUGGCAGUCUGGACCAGGUACCAGUCACGCCACGCAGACAGCCAGACUUCCACCUUGUCUCAGAAAGCUGGUGGGCCCCGUGGAGGUGGCUAGAAGCAUCAGGAUGCAUCACUGUGCUGCUGUGGAAAACACAAUGCUGCUACUGUAAGCUCCUCUUGGCAGAGAAGUGCAAGGACCAGCUCUGCUUUCUGUCGGACUUGGCUGCCAGCGUGGCUGGGUGGAGGCCCAGGCUCUCCAGCUGGCUCACCUGCUGCAUCCAGCUGGGUGGCCUUGGAGCAAUCACCUGCCCUCUCCCAGCCUUGGCCACUGGGCUGAUCUGCCUCGCAGCCUCUGGGAAGGGUCCAUCCUUGCCAAACACUAAGGAUGAGCUGAAGCUGUCCAGCUUUGAAAUCGUGAACAGACUUUUACCAUGCCAUACUAGUUUCCAGAAUAUUUUUUAGCUUUAUUUUGCAAUGUUGUGACAUUCACAGAGAAUUCCGCAUACAUUCAUGUGACAAAGACACCGAUUUGACAAUGCUCAUUAAAAAACAACAGUGAAA